AUGGCCAGCACAUUAAGCCCCAGCACUGUGACUGGGACCCUGGGUCCGCCUGAGAUGUCAGAGCACAUCCAAAAUGCUGCUGACAUCUCUGUCAUUGUCAUCUAUUUCAUGGUGGUGAUGGCUGUCGGGCUUUGGGCGAUGCUGAAGACCAACCGGGGCACCGUUGGAGGUUUCUUCUUGGCUGGUGGAGAUAUAGCCUGGUGGCCGAUGGGGGCCUCUCUCUUCGCUAGUAACAUUGGCAGUGGCCACUUUGUGGGGCUGGCUGGGACAGGAGCGGCUUCAGGAAUUGCCACUGCAGCAUUUGAAUGGAAUGCUUUGCUGUUGUUGCUGGUUCUAGCUUGGGUCUUUGUCCCUAUAUACAUUAAGGCAGAUGUGAUGACUAUGCCAGAAUAUCUGAGGAAGAGGUUUGGUGGGAAGCGACUACAGAUAUAUCUCUCUGUCCUCUCCCUCUUCAUCUCUGUGGCUUUGAGAAUCUCAUCAGAUAUAUUUUCCGGAGCCAUAUUCAUCAAGCUGGCCUUGGGAUUGGACCUUUACCUGGCGAUCUUCAUCCUCUUGGCUGUCACCGCUAUUUACACAAUCACCGGGGGGUUGGCCUCAGUUAUCUACACAGACACCCUCCAGACCAUCAUCAUGCUGAUAGGUUCUUUUAUUCUCAUGGGGUAUGCAUUUACCGAAGUGGGAGGCUAUGAGAGUUUUACAGAAAAGUACAUGAAUGCCAUCCCAACCAUAGUUGAGGGGGACAACCUGACGAUCAGCUCCAAGUGCUACACUCCUCAGGCUGACUCCUUCCACAUUUUCCAAAAUGCUGUCACAGGGGAUCUUCCUUGGCCAGGAACAAUAUUUGGAAUGACCAUAGUAGCUCUAUGGUACUGGUGCACAGAUCAGGUAAUUGUGCAGCGCUGCCUAUCAGGUAAGAACAUGUCUCAUGUGAAAGCCGCCUGCAUCAUAUGUGGGUACCUGAAACUGCUGCCCAUGUUCCUCAUGGUGAUGCCAGGAAUGAUCAGCUGCAUCUUAUACACAGAGAAAGUGGCCUGUGUUGUGCCUUCUGAAUGUGUGAAACACUGUGGCGUUGAAGUUGGCUGCAGUAACUAUGCCUACCCAAUGAUGGUGCUGGAACUGAUGCCUGAUGGACUGCGAGGUCUGAUGAUGUCAGUCAUGUUGUCCUCUCUCAUGAGCUCCCUGACCUCCAUCUUCCACAGUGCCAGCACCCUCUUUACCAUGGACCUCUACACCAAGAUUAGGAAACAGGCAUCAGAGAAGGAGCUUCUUAUAGCAGGACGGCUAUUUAUCAUUCUAUUAAUUGUCAUCAGCAUUUUGUGGGUCCCAUUAGUGCAGGUAUCUCAAAAUGGACAACUGUUCCAUUAUAUAGAAGCAAUUUCUAGCUUCGGGCCUCCUGUUGCAGCUGUCUUCCUGCUUGCCAUCUUCUGUAAAAGAGUUAAUGAACAAGGGGCCUUCUGGGGUCUAGUCACUGGACUUGUGAUUGGUCUCAUUCACAUGAUUGCAGAAUUUGUCUAUGGAACAAGUAGUUGCUUGGCUACCAGUGACUGUCCCAAAGUCAUCUGUGAAGUGCACUAUCUGUACUUUGCCAUCAUUCUCUUUUUUGUUUCUGUGCUGGUCAUCCUGGGAAUUUCCCUGCUAACAAAACCCAUUCCUGAUGUACAUCUGUAUCGCCUGUGCUGGGCUCUUCAGAACAGUACAGAGGAACGAAUUGAUUUAGAUCCAAAAGAAAUAAGACAUGAAGAAGCUGAUGGUGAUGUUGAUGAAUAUAAUCCUGAGGAACCCCGUGGAUGCCUCAGGAAAGCUUUUGACUUAUUCUGUGGUUUGCAGAAGACAGGCCACAAACUGAGCAAAGAGGAGGAAGAAGCCCAGAAAAAGAAGCUGAGAGACACAGCUGAGAAGCCUUUAUGGAGAACUAUAGUGAAUGUCAAUGCCAUUCUCCUCCUGGCAGUGGCUGUCUUUGUCCAUGGCUAUUUUGCCUGA